AUGGAAGAAAUUGAGCCAUACGUAAGGAGAAAAAGAGUAAACCCCGAGAAAUCGAAUAAGUUGCAAGGUCUUAACGAGGAGGAACAGGCGGUCUUGCGUAUGAGUAUUAAUUCAAGGGAACGGAAAAGAAUGCAUGAUCUGAAUGAUGCACUUGAUGAACUCCGACAGUGUUUGCCAUAUUCGCAUCGUACCGGAUCCAAGAAAAUGUCUAAAAUCAAUACAUUGCUUUUAGCUAGUAAUUGGAUCAAACACCUAACAAAAGCAAAUAAUGAACUGCGACGGAAACUGGAUGAAGUUCGAAACAGUAACCAAGGCGAUGCCGCGACAGUUCUCCAAUCAACCUCCACGUCAGCACUUCAUUUAAGAUCUCCUAGUGCAUUAGCACCAAUUGAACUCUUUAGGCCAUCACCUCCAUCUUUACCUUUCAAAUUAGUACCCGAGACGACACAGCCGCUUCUUAGGCUUUCCGUACCCGUAUCAGUACCAGUACCUCUACCUGUACCUGCACAACCAUGUGUUAAAUCCAUCAACGGUCUGUGCUUUUGCGUCAAUUGUUUGAUUACAAAUACCGGUUUAACGAAAAACUUCCGGAAGGAUAAAUAA